CCCUGAAAUCUGGCUAUGGAAAAUAUCUUGGUAUAAAUUCAGAUGAACUCGUUGUUGGGCGUUCAGAUGCAAUUGGACCAAGGGAACAAUGGGAACCAGUCUUUCAAAAUGGGAAAAUGACUUUGUUGGCCUCAAAUAGCUGCUUUAUUAGAUAUAAUGAAGCAGGGGACAUAGAAGCAAAAAGUAAAACAGCAGGAGAAGAAGAAAUGAUCAAGAUUAUAUCCUGUGCUGAAAGAGAAAUCAAGAAAAAAGAUGACAUUCCAGAAGAAGACAAAGGAAAUGUAAAACAAUGUGAAAUCAAUUAUGUAAAGAAAUUUCAGAGCUUCCAAGACCACAAACUUAAAAUAAGUAAAGAAGACCGUAAAAUUCUUAAAAAGGCUCAGAAAGAUGGAUUUUUGCAUGAGACGCUUCUGGACAGGAGAGCCAAAUUGAAAGCCGACAGAUAGUGCAAAUGACUGGGAUUUUUGUUUCUGCCUUAUCUUUUUGUGUUUUUUUCUGAAUAAAAUAUUCAGAGGAAAUGCUUUUACAGA